GGCGGUAUGGGUAAGAUGAUGGGCGGUGGUAUGAUGGGCGAUGGAAUGGGCGGUGGUAUGGGUAAGAUGAUGAUGCCUAUGCCAAUGCCAAUGCCGAUGCCGAUGCCAAUGCAAAUGCCUAUGCAAAUGCCAAUGAAAAUGCCAAUGCCAAUGGAAAUGCCGAUGCCAAUGCCAACGCAAAAGAUGGGAGGUGCAAUGAUGGCUGCUAUGAUGGGAGGCAUGGGAGGAGGAAUGGGCGGUGGAAUGAGAGGAAUGGGUGGAGGAAUGGGAGGUGGCAAAAGAUAUAGAAGAGCCACUGAUUCUUAUUCAUACGAUUAUUGAACCACGUUAUAUAAGCAGUAUUUGUCAAAAAAGCUCCAUCCUUGUGCUGUAUAAUAAAUGUUUAUA